AUGUCUUCCAAAUUUAAUUUUCUCAACGAGCUCAAUAAUAGCCGAGGAGUUGGAUGGAAUGUCCGAGUUCGUCUUCUACGCGUGUGGACAAAGAUGGAUUUCAAUGAUGAUAAUGAAAUCUCCAAGAUUGAGAGUGUCUUAAUCGAUGAAAAGUUCCCGAAAUUUGCUGAUAUCAUAAACAAAAGGGUGAAUGAAUCUUUACUGAUAGAUAUCAUAGGUGAAAUAGUGACUGUAGGCAAAAGUUUAAAUUAUACUAAAAAUUGUAAAAAGGGCUAUGUUAGUUCAUCAGACAUUUCUAAGUCUUUGAGUUACACUCCACUUCUCAUCAAUCCUGUCAACAUUAAUCCCAUUUAUUUUAAGGGGGAGCCUUCUGCGGAGUACUAUGUUCGGGUGACAUCCAUCAGAGUGAACGAAAAACCCGUGUCAAUAAAUUCGACAUUGUUGAGUAUCAAUGAUGAUGGGAAUGGUGGAACAAAGAUCAGCACUGUUGUUCCUUACACUGUCAUGGAGACUUCCAUCUACAACGCUUUGACUAAUGCUUUUUCUCAGGCGUUUUCGGGUGUUCCUAGAGUGAAACCGGGGGCGCCUUUCGGGCUGUGCUUCAACUCAAGCAAUAGUCCAACUGUUAUGUGGAGGAUUUUCGGUUCAAAUUCUUUGGUGAGAGUGAAGGAGGAUGUUUUGUGCUUUGGAUUUGUGGAUGGAGAAUGUACCGAUUUGUUUCCGGUCUUUUCCACCUUCUUUUGUCCUGAAGGGUUCACGUUCCUGGAGAUGAUCUUUUCCACCAUCUCCCUUUCCGGUACUCACCGAUUUCAGAGAAGGGUCGAUGUUGGAAUAUUGUUCUCCACCUUCUUCCGGCGAAAUUUUCAGGGGUUCAAGCAACAACUCCAAUUGAAAUAUUGGAUUUUGUGUUUGAGAGGUGUUUUAAGAAAACUCCUGGUGAAGAGCAUAUUCCGGAUCAGUUGCGGGGGGAGAAGGAGUCAAACCGUCGACAUGGCCAUAAACCUGAUGACCCUUGAGAACUGGAAUGAAGAGCUCGCGCCAGAUCAAGUAAAAGCAGGGAUUCGCCAUAGCAGCGACGCUGAAAGCAACUCUGCAAACAACAACAAGAACAAGAAGAAACGAGAGGCAGCCGCAGCCAAAACCAAAUCAAUAAAUUAUAACCAGCAGCAGCGAAGAUGGAAGAAGACAGCAGCGGUGUUGGCAGAGUCGCCCGUGAGCAACACCAACGACAAACGACAGCAGCUGCAGAAGAGCAACAAAUCAGAAGCAGCAGCGUCAGCAACUACAUCAAUGGCGACAGAGGCUGUCGGCUUUCAGGAUCACGCGAAAUCAAUUAUUGAUCUGCUGCAAAGAGGAUCACAGAACUUACGUGUUGUGGCUAUAGUGGGUAUGCCGGGAUUAGUGGACAAAAGAAGAGUGCUCCAAGACCUUCUUUCUCAAAUUGAUCCUGAGAAAUUUUCUACGGCAGUCACUUACGAUAAGAAAGAGCACGGUUUAGCAGAUUUGUUGCGGAAAAGUUUGAAGGGACGGAGGUACAUCAUUGUUUUGGAUGAUGUAUGGGACAUUGAAGCAUGGCAGGGCUUGCAAGAAUCAUUCCCUGAUGAUUCUAAGGGAAGCAGAAUAAUGCUGACAAGCCGUUGUCACAAUGUUACUCCUCCAAGUAUCCUCGACGCUUAUGAACUCGCACCCCUCAACGAAGAAGAGAGCCUGGAUUUGAUACAGAGGAAAUUGUUUGAUGGAAAAGGUUGGCCCCCUAAAUCAGAUGAUAUCCAGAAGCAAAUGCAUCAAGUUUGCGCUGGUUUACCCCUUACAAUCAUUCUUCUUGUUGGUGUUUUGAAAUCUGUACAGCAAGCCUAUUGGAAGGGAAUUCUCGAAAACUUAGGCUCUAGCAAGUUAUCCGAACGUUGCAAGGACACACUGGAACUGAGUUACAGACAUCUACCAGAGCAUUUAAAGCCGUGCCUUCUCUAUUUCGCGGCAUUUCCCGAAGAUGAAGAUGUCUCAGUCAAGAGGUUGACUAAUUUAUGGACAGCCGAAGGAUUUGUUCAAAAAGUUGGGUCGAAGCCCCUAUCAGUUGUUGCUGAAGAUUAUCUGAAUGAUUUGAUUUGCAGAAGUUUACUUAUGACCACUCAAAAAAAAUCCAUGGGUGGGGUGAAAACAUGCCGUAUCCAUGACUUGCUUUACGAAUUUUGUUUGCAGAAAACAAAAGAGGAACAGUUUUUCCAUUUUGUAGGAGUGAGUUGUGAUGAGAUGCUGACAUUGAAUGAGCCGCGCUGCAUGCGAAGGUUGUGCAUUAACUCUAACGGAAAAUGUUUCCUGGAGUCAAAGGUUUGUUAUGCUCGUGUUCAUUCUCUGCGCUUCAAAUAUGUUGAUAGACAUUUUUAUCGGCGCAGUAUCUCAUUCCUGAUGCAUACCAGCAAGCUUCUACGAGUGUUGGAUUUGGAGAACGUUUUUAUGAAUUGGGUGAUUCCAGGUGAAAUAGGAUUCCUGGUUCAUUUGGCCUACUUGGCGAUUGGAUUCUCCUCGUCUACCAUCCCACCCACUUCCAUAGGUAACCUCUGUAAUUUGCAAACUUUUAUUUUGCAGUACUAUGAUCAAUGUGAUGGAUUCAUUCGGAUUCCAAACACUUUCUGGAAUCUUCAAACAUUGAAGCAUUUUUAUGUAAGGAGGGUUGGCCGCCUUGUUGCUUAUGGUAGAUUACCUUUGGAAAAUCUUGACAGUGCAUCUGUUAUGUUUGAGUUGGAUAAGAUUUCUGGUUUGGAAAUUCCUCUAGAGAACAUGGAAGAAGUGAUGAAGAAGUUUCCAAACAUCCGUAGGUUGAGAUUGACACUCAGGUAUGGUGCUGAUUUAGGUGGUAAUCAUCCGAAUAUCGCAAUACCUAACUUCUUGAAAACAUUAGAGUCACUUAACAUGCGAACGGCUAGACCAAUUCCGCAUUGUUAUAAUCUCUAUGUUGUUGGUAUGUUUAGUUUUCCAGAAAACCUGAAGAAAUUGACACUGACAAAUUUUGAUUUGUCAGAAAGCAGUGUUUCAAGCCUUGGUACUCUGCCAAACCUUGAAGUCCUCUAUUUGGUCAAUACAGGCUUUGAAGGGGACACAUGGAGAAUGGAAGAAGGUGGAGAAUUUGCGAAACUUAGAAUCUUAGGUUUGGAUGCGCCGAAGCUUCGCAGGUGGACUGGUUCUGAAGAUCAAUUUGUGUGUCUUGAGAAGUUGGAAGUGAGAUGCGACUGUUUGAAAGAGAUGCCUUCUUGUCUAGGCUACAUCUCAACGCUUCAGAUGAUCGAAGUCAAGCAUUGUCCAAGUUCUGUAGGAAAGUUGGUGAAAGAUAUUGAGAAAGUACAGAAAGACUAUGGAAAUUCAGAUUUGAAAAUCAUCAUGAAAGAAGAGUACACCUGUCCGAACUCCGAAAAUCGUUCCAUGUUUGAGUCACUGAGAUUUCGGUUUACACAACUCAAGAUGUUUGCACUUUCUGCUACAAAAUUUCUGGGUCCUCCACUGAAUGCAAGACUUGAAUCCCUUUUGGGAAAGAUUGAAGAUGCUGUUGGCAGAAUUAAUGUAACCGAGCUGACAUUAGAAAAUCUCAACAAUCGGUUUCGUGAGGGUAAUCCUUUGUAUGAUUCCAUUGCUGAGUUUAAUCAAGGAUGCACUGCUUUCAGAGAAGAAAUGUAUGAAUUGUAUGGAACUCUGUUGAAAACCACCAAUCCAGGUUCAAAUUCGCUAACAAAAGAUGAAGUCCUGGAAAUCAUCACUUUCUUUCUGGACAGUUUAAAGCAAUACAUAUCUGAAAUGAGUUAUUGUCCCUUAGAAAAUAUCGAAGCUUUACUGGAAGCCUCCAAAGUGCAGAUGACAUUCUUGAAAAAUCUCAUCCUUUUUGUGACACAGAGAGAUGUUGAUCCCGCGGAAGCUAUCUUCUGGCCUCAUGCCGAAAUUGUGGCAAUCAGGGCUGCUCGUCUCCUUGCUGUCAAUACUAGAUAUGUUCAACAGGCUGAUUUUUCAUUUGUGAAAAUGAUCAUGCCUGUUGAUCCUCAAGUCUAUCAGACUUACACCGGCGCCCUGAUCAGAAGCUCGAGAAAUCGGGUUUCUCCCGUUGAUGGAGAGAGAGAUGAUGAUAAAUCCCUUAUUGCAACCGAGAAUCUACUUCGUUCUCUCAUAUCUAUACUCUGGGAGGCAUCAGCAGUGAAUACGUUUGUCGCGGUUCCUAUGACGGGUGAACUGCUAGAGUUGUAUGAAGGCCUCAGGUCCCUGAUGAAAAUGAUUCUCAAGCUGAAACAACCAAACAAAUCUGAUCUGAAAAUCAAGGAAGAGAUUGUUACUGUGGUAUGUGAUUCUGGAAUCUUUAUUUUCUCAUUAUACCAGAAGAAUGUUAAAUCAGAUAUCAGGCUUCUUCCUGAUUUGUUGGAAGCAAUCAAGAAUUUGGUAGGAUUAGAGGAGAAAGAUCCACAAGUACCAGAAUUCAACUAUCGAGGCACUACUCAAUUGGCCUUUGUCGAUUUCUUAUUACAAAGGCUGGAGGAGCUCGCAAGUAGAGAUGCUGAACAAACUUCUAAAGAUUGUGCUAGAAGCGUAUGCGAAGAACUUGUCGGCUUAAGAUCCUUCUUGGGGGACAUUUUGGAGUUGCAUUUUAAUCAGGUGGAAAUCCAAACUCUCCGGGAUCGUGUUUUGGAGGUAGCAUACAAGGUGGAGGACUUCACUGAAUACCUAGAGAGUGGAGACUUUCCGAAUUGUUUAUCACCAACGUUUGAUUCUAUCAUGAAAGACAUUGCUGAUAUUAAGUCCAGAAUCAAAGCCGUCAAGAGACCAAAGACUAAACUCAAGAGACAAGAUAUCAAAGUGAAGGAAACAGCUUCAGAUCAUAAUAAUCAAGUGCAGGCAAAAACUAACUCAAUCGCAACUGGAGGUUGUAGGCUUCCACGACCCUGCAAACUCAAUCAUUAA